CUUUUUAUUUUUUGCUUCUUGAAUUUUGUUUCGCCUAAGGAAAGUUAAAGAUGACUUUAUCCUAAAAAAGAAAACAUUUAGACAAAAGUCCUUGAGGCUUUUCAUUAACCAUGAAACUAGCCAUUCCUUCACAUCAUUCACUUGUUUACUCUCUUUGUCUUCAAGUAUAUUCAUCAUCAUCAUCAACAGCAGCAAGUUCAGUUUAGUUAUUACAAAGUAAUUCAAUAGAUCUUUAAGUUUGACCAGUAAAGCAAGUUGAAUAUCUUGAGACGAGUUUCGAUUAUUCUUUCAAAUCCAAAGUUAAUCAUGAGAUUCUUUUUAAUGAAAUUAGUUUUUUACUUAAGUUUGUCAUUGAUAACAGUAACAGAUGCGACACAUCGUGUAAAGAAUAACAGUGAAAGUGCUCUUCAAUCUCGAACUUAUGGUUCAGGUGCUUUAGAAGUAUUGUCAUCAUUAUUUACAGAUGCGGGUGUUAAACCAGUCAAGCCAGGACAACAUAAACCAGGUGCUUCAUCAGCUGGAUAUGCAAAUCUUCCGUCUUUUCAGCUUCAACCUUCAGGUCCACCUAGUCAUGGACAAUAUCAACCAGUAGAAUCCAAUGGUUAUAACAACCCUUCGCAACCAAACAGGCCAGUUAUCGUUCCACCUCACCAACCGAAUAAACCACCGCCAAUACAAAAGCCUUCAGCUUAUGAAAGUGAACCUGAACAGUAUCGACCAGUGAGUGAAGUUGGUAAACCCGAUGAAAUCGGAGGCAACAAACCUUCAGAAUCAUCUGGCUAUGGUCCAUCAAAACCUGCAGUAGAAACCAUUGAUCCAAGUGAAGCUUCGUAUCCAACAUCAUCAGGAAACAAGAAGCCAGGCCAUUCGAUUGAAUCAUAUCCUGAUGAUGAUGGUCAAGAAUCUCAUGGUUGUAUUUGUGUUCCUUACUAUCAAUGUGAUAAUGGCAGAAUAGUUGAUGACGGAGCUGGAAUAAUUGAUCCAAGAAUCAAAGAACCACCGAAAAAAGAAAUUCCUUUGGAUGGUCGAUAUCAACCCCCUUAUUGUGGCACUUUCCAUGUUUGCUGCUCUGAACCUGAAACAGCAACUCAAUUGCCAUAUACACAUAAAUGUGGGAUUCGUAAUCCAAGUGGAAUAAACAGACGGAUACUUGUUCCGAGUAGCAAAGGUGAAUCUGAUUUCGGCGAAUGGCCAUGGCAGGUUGCUGUUUUAAAAAUUGAGAAAGAUGUCAAUAUAUUCCAAUGUGGCGGUACUUUGAUUGACUCACAGCACGUUCUUACAGUUGCUCAUUGUGUUAAAGCAUUCAUUGAUUCCACUCAAUAUGCAUUAAAGGUUCGUCUUGGUGAAUGGGACACUCAGAAGACCACUGAAUUCUUGCCUCAUGAGGAUUAUCUGGUUGAAAGGGUUCUCAUUCAUCCCAAGUUCAAUCCCAACAACCUUUGGAAUGAUAUUGCUCUGCUUAAACUGGAUCGUCCAGUGAAUUUCAAACCAAACAUUGACUCAGUCUGCUUACCAACACCUGAUGAAGUAUUUGAAGGACAUCAAUGUGUCACUACAGGUUGGGGUAAAAAUGCAUAUAAAGGAGGACAUUACUCUAAUAUAUUGAAAGAGGUCAGUUUACCCAUUAUAUCAAAUUAUGACUGUCAAAAAAGACUUCGUCGCACUCGUUUGGGACCGCGAUUUCGGUUACAUGACGGUUUCAUGUGUGCUGGAGGUGAAGAAGGACGAGAUUCAUGCAAAGGUGAUGGUGGAGGACCUUUAGUUUGUUAUCGUCAAGAUGGAACUUAUACUUUGGUUGGAAUCGUUUCAUGGGGAAUCGAUUGUGGUCAACCAGGUCAUCCUGGUGUUUAUAUCAAUGUACAAAAGUAUCUGGAAUGGAUAACAGAAAUGACAGGAAAUGAUGUUAAAAAUUAUUGGUCACCAGCAUCGAGUUACCCUGCAUCAUCAUCAUUGCCAAUUUCAGACGCUCAACCAGCUAAACCAUCAGCAACUGGAACCCAAUAUUGAAAGCAAACAAAGUAUUGAUUGCGCUAAAAGAGUUUUGAAAUGAAUGUUGAUAGACAGCGACAAACUACUUACAAUGAUUAACUCAACAACCAAGUUGUCAACUAAAUGUAACCAAUGAUAGCUUAAAAUGCUCAUUAUUAUCUGCUAAAUAAAUAUAAAGAUAGUUAUGAAACAAAUAA